AUGAACAAGGAAACAAGUGAAGAUCGAAAAAUAAUAUUGGACAGAGAAGUCCAAAACGAGAAAAGGAAACAAGUGAAGAUCGAAAAAUGUCAUUGGACAGAGAAGUCCGAAACAAGCAAGGAAACAAAUGAAAAUCGGAAAAUGUCAUUGAACAGAGAAAGAAGUCUGAAACAAGCAAGGAAACAAGUGAAGAUUGAAAAAUGUCAUUGGACAGAGAAGUUCAAAACGAACAAGAAAACAAGUGAAGAUUGGAAAAUGUCAUUAGACAAAGUCCAAAACGAGAGAAGAUCAGAAAAUGCCAUUAGACAAAGUCCAAAAAAUAAUGACCAGAAA